GUGAACGUGCUUUGUUUGGGACUGGUACAGUCACUUUUUGAGGGAUCAAUGUAUACUUUUGUCCUUGAAUGGACACCAGCUCUUUCUCAGAAUGAAGAUUAUUUCAGAUUUGUACUUCUACUGUCAGCUGCCUGCUUAGCAGUACCGGUUAUAGCUCCGACUAGUGUAGUACUAGUAUUUAUAGCUUUUCUAGUUUUUGAGAUUUGCGUUGGCAUAUUCUGGCCAUCUAUGGGUUGUCUACGAGGUGCAUAUGUGCCAGAAGAAACUCGUUCAACUACCAUCAACCUCUUCAGGGUUCCACUCAAUCUCAUUGUCAUCAUUAUUUUAUGGGCGGUGGGUCAUACUCUACUAAACUCAAUUAGUAAAAACUGUGGGAUUUUUUGCUUAAACUCAUCUCACGCAAUGUCAGCCGAGUAA